UGCGCCGUGCGGUACGUUACCCCACGAGAACAGGCCCAACUCCAUAAUGGCAGUCAACUACGACGGGAUGAACGGGUCGGAAAUGGACACCUUGGACUCGAGAAAAAGGCCCCUGGACGGAGAAACAGAUAACGGGGUCACCAAGCGAUCUAACCAGGGUGGAGGUGAAAACAUUCACUUAAAAAUUCUUGUGCCCAGUAUAGCUGCCGGUGCCAUCAUUGGAAAAGGUGGGGAAACCAUUGCACAAGUUCAGAAAGAUGCAGGCGCUCGUGUUAAGAUGUCGAAAGCAAAUGACUUUUAUCCUGGAACAACCGAACGCGUCUGUCUCAUUAUGGGUCCCGUCGAAGCUGUCCGCCAAGUUCAUAAUUUUGUCAUGGAAAAAAUUAGAGAAAAGCCUGAUCCAAAUCCAAAAAUGGAUGAAACAAAGUCGACAUUUGAACGGCAUCGGCAGGUCAAAAUUCUUGUACCUAACAGUACAGCCGGAAUGAUAAUAGGAAAGGCUGGGAACUUUAUCAAACAAAUAAAAGAAGAAAGUGGAGCUUAUGUACAGAUUUCCCAAAAGUCAAAAGAAACUAAUCUACCAGAAAGAUGUGUGACUGUAGCAGGUGAGAUCACAGGUGAUUUCGAUUCCAACACAAAGGCUAUAGACAUGAUACUUCAAAAGAUCGUGGAAGAUCCACAGAGUGGAAGUUGUCCAAAUAUCAGCUAUGCAGAUUAUACGGGUCCUGUCGCCAGUGCCAAUCCCACAGGUUCACCUUUCGCUAACAGCACAUUUAUUCAGAAUCGCGGUCAAGAAAUGGCGAUUGGCAACAAUAAUUUUGCAGGUGGUGGAGGUUUCGGUUUCGGAUUUAAUGGAAACGCCAGCAUGGCAACGGGCAUGAAUUUCAACACUGGAGCGCCGGGUACCAUGUCGGGUGCCAGUAUUGACAACUUGAAAGUGACUUUACGAGGCAGUGGAUUCACUGACCAGGCCACCGAGGAGAUAAGUCAGGCAAUGAACACGCUAGCUAACUAUGGAAUACUUGGAAUGGGAUUAGGUCUUGGUGUCAAUAACAUAGGAAAUGUUCCCCAGAACAUGAGUGGCAACACUGGUAUAGGCAAUCUGAAUCUGGGUACCCCGGCCAUCGGAUCCACGCCACUGAUGACGAGCACAUCGUCGGCUUCAGGAAACGUGUCCCAGGGCAGCCCAUACCUCAACACUAGCAAUAAUUCGGCUAGUGCCACAAGCUUGUUUGGUCCUGUUGGCAGUGGUUCAUCUGGACUAGGUAGCUCUGGCUCUACAGGUGCCAACUCUAGUCUGUUCGGAAGCUCUUCCCCAAGUGUACAGCAGGAGCGAUAUGGAAGUAGUCCCAUGUUAAAUGAUUCCUUCUCUAGUGCUAUGACUUACCCCAGCACUGCCCAAGGAUUUCCCGCUAGUGAUAGGUCUCCAAAUAUCAGUGUUAACCAAAAUUCAUUUGGCCUUGGAACAGGAAUGUAUAGCCCUACAGAGGACAAGUCGUCUGGAACUACCAAACAGGAUCUGGAAGUGGCGGAAAGUAUCGUGGGAGCUAUACUGGGCCCUGGUGGAAAGGGCAUUGUGGAAAUACAGCAGUACACUGGUACCAAUAUUCAAAUCUCGAAAAAAGGGGUGUACACUCCUGGAACCCGGAACCGCAUAGUAUCUAUCACUGGAACGCCAUCUAACAUAACAAAAGCACAGUACAUGAUUCAACAACGCAUUCAACAGGAAGAGUACAAACGAGCCCGUCAAGCAUCAGGACAUUAGGAUACUAGGAUAUUGUGUUUCAUAACCAAGCAUCAUAACAAAAAAACUUAUUUAAGGCCUCUUUCGUUUUAUCCCUAUUGGUGGCAUAAUCGCCUUUACAGUGAAUUUGUUUUUUUUGUGCAUUACGUGAUUUUUUUUUUCCUACAUGUACAUUUGCAUUGCAUGUUCAUCCCAGAUACUCUGCUAUACACAAACAUCAUUUGGACUAUUAAAAACCAUUAGGAACUCCUGUAUAUACGUAUAUCACUCAGAUCUCAGCCACAUGUUCACGACAGAUUCGUUUCUCCCUCAUAGAUUCAACUACAAAGACUUUCCUACAUCACAUAUUGUUUUUACCGUCUGAUGCAAACUUGCCGCAUCCUCCUCGAGGUCUUUCAGUAAAACCAAGAUGGCUACCUAGACAUUCGUAGACCAUUGUUCAGGACUAUUUUGUACUUGGAGAUCAAUCAUCAGUUCUUGUUGGGUGUUUUACUCGAUGUUAGUGCACACCUUUCAGACUUAAACAUAUUCUCCACUUUCAAAACCUCAGCCUUUCAUAGAAUGGAAGGCUUUAUAUAGUAUAUUAGUCACAUUUAUCAUGCAACAGAAAUUGUAUCAUAUUCAUGUGUAAGUCAAUGGAAUAUUGUAUUAUGUAAAAAGUUGUUUUAUUAGUUGAAUUGAUUGUUAUUAUUUAACUCAAAAAGUUGUUAACCACGUUUCAUAUACAUGUUCUAAUCACUAUGUUAACUGUAAUUAUUGAGGAGUUAUAUUUAUUUUCAACCAUGGAACUGGAGCCAGAUUUAUUAUAGUCUUUGUCUUAAUCUAGCAUGAAAUCAUUGUGUGCAUUGUAACCAGGGAAGUGUGCGUUUUAAAAAUUGAACGGGUAUUUCUAUUCUUUCCUAUUCUCUUGCUUGUCUCCCUUUUAUUUCUCUCUUCUUUUUUUUUUAAAUUUGAGAUUUUUCCUGUCAAAAUUGUUUUUUCUUUUCAUCCGUUCAGUCUGUUUGUAUGCCGUUAAAAGAUUUGGAAGCUGGUAAGGUGUGUUUGCCAUUAUAUAGAAGUUCAUUAUUCUUUGGAGAGGUCCUGCGACAAGACAUGGUUCGAAAACUUAGGUUAGAUGUGUUAUUGAAAAACAUUUUAUUGUGGGAACAAUAGGAAUUGCUUAGUUACUAUUUAUUAUAUUAGAUACAGCAUUGUCAAAUGUCUCCUACAUGUAGAUAGAUUGUUAUUCCCAUUUAUACUGUGAUUUUGAUGGACAGGUGAAAUAUGCAAUAAGAUGUGUGAUUAUCCACAGGGGGUGUGUACCUGUUAUAGGAGCCUCUCUCUCUUUCUCUCUCUCUCACUUUUAUCUGUGUUUCACUCCUGACUCCUGCACCGUGCCUGCCGCAUGCUGUGCAGCCCGUUCAGUCAUUUCACCUCUCUGCAUGUGAUCUUGAUCGUUUUAUACUCAUAUUAUUCCUGGAUAGGCCACGCAUUUCCCAUGAGAUCUGGUGUUUGUCACAGCCCGAUGUCUUUCCUUAUGGUGUGGAUCUCCAGUGUGCGAAGUGAAACACCGAUUGUGCCAACAAUGCUUGUGUGCGUUGGCAACAUAAAAGUAUGUUUUGCAUGCUGUAAUCCUUCUAAUUAUUUGGACAAUUCAUUAUUUUUUUUCCACCCCUGUUUUUUUAUUAUUUAUGUGAUAUGUGUAGUGUGAUGGUUCAGGGAUUUGUUACUGAUCAGAAUACCCAGGUGUUGGUAUUUUUUUAACUUUUCUGUUUUUUAAAGAGAAAAAUAUUAGUUAUGAAAGAGUUAGAAGGAUUAUGGUAUGCUAUGAUGUGGUGGGCUUUCUCAAAACCUCUCUAAAGUCUUUUUAAGAGUACAUAAAAUGGAGAGUUGGUUCAUUUAUUCAAUAGUUGCUGAAGUGUGUGGCUUUACAUAAACAGUUUUUGAUAUAACAGCACAUAAUGUAUCAGCAAUGCAUUUUGUUUUGAAGUCUGGAACUUAACCAAAGCAAUACAACAGUUGCUAUUUGUAACCCAAUGUUUGUUAUCAGUGUAUUUUUACAUGUUCUCAAUUGUACUGUGGUGAGGUUGGUCACUUGUUUUAGUCAUUAUUUAGCAUAUUCCGCACAUAACACUGGUAUGGUUCAGACUGAGAAUCCAAUUUAUUGUCAUAAUAUUCACAAACAAGUGAAGAAUAAUCGUAGCAUAAAAGGAGAAAGAUGAAAGAUGAUUUUAUUUUUGUUUUUAUUUUUUCUUCCAGAUGAUGCUCUCUAUAUUAUGUACUCUGUUUCCCAGAUAGCUUGUUUUGGUAACAAGGUGUGUGCACAAGGUUGUGCUUGGUAUUUGCUGACUUGUUCAGUAGUGUGACGGGGUAACUGAAUGUCCAUUGCAGAGUACAGACUGCCAUUAGCUUUCAGUGGCAGUGCGAGGAGAUGCCUCGGGGGAGGUGGGGUACCUCCACCUUAUUUGAAGAAAAAACCCAUAACUUUUUAAAACAGAUAAUCUGCCCCAGAUAUUGCCCUUCAUUGCAGGGUACCUGGAGGCAAUUGUCCCUACCAAUUGUACCCCUUUGCACUGCCACUGUCAGCUUCAUCGCUAGCAUUCACAUGAAAUAUAUUUAUAUAUGCAUCCAAUAUUAUAAAGCAUGCAUUGUGUACAUUUAUCAAAAAAUAUCAUCAAACACAGAUUUUACCUAUUUUAUUUCAAAGAUUAUUAUUUAUUUUUUAAUUCAUUAUCUUGCUUGCUAGUUAUAGCAUUAAUUAUCAUUAUUUUCAUUUAAUAUUGUUGGUAUUAUUUUAGUGGCACUCUGUUUUCUGCAGAUGCGACAUCACACUUGCUGUGGGACUAUAAUUGUUGAUUAAUUAUACUGCAAAUACCAUGUCCACCACCUGGUAAUAUAUGCAGUUCUCAAUAAGUUUCAAUAAAUUAAAGCUGAACAAAG